AGUCACUCAACAGGACUAGUACAACAAUCAUGGUCUCCGUCAAGCUCAUUGUCGCCCUGUGCGCUUUUGCCGCCGUCGCCCAGGCUGGAUACGUUGCCCACGCCCCCGCUGACUACCACUCUGUGCCCAACUACUCUUUCGAGUACGGCGUUGCCGAUGCCCACACCGGCGACAAGAAGAGCCAGUCCGAGACCCGUCACGGAGACGUCGUCAAGGGACACUACAGUCUGGUGGAGCCCGACGGCACCACCCGCACCGUCCACUACACCGCUGAUGCCCACAACGGUUUCAACGCCCACGUGACCAAGUCCGGACACGCCGUCCACGCCGCCGCCCCCGCUUACCACGCCGCUGCUCCCGCGUACCACGCCGCCCCCAUUGCUCACGGAUACGCUCACGCCGCCCCCGUCGUCGCUCACCCCCACGGUGCUCCUCUGGCCUUCGCCACCCCUCUGGGAUACGGACACGGAUUCGCCAAGAUCAACCGUGGAUACUAAAUUUCCAAAACCAAUCCCUCGUGUUUUGCGAUCGAUCUCCAGUCAAUGUCAUUCAUUUGUAAAUAAAAAUCACCAAUAUCACUGAAAUUUUUAAUUUCUUUUUUGAAACAAUUGACCACUUUUGUUUUUUCUUGCAUUAUCAUAUAAAUGUUCAUAAGAUCAGUCUAAAGAAUUGCCAACCCAUCUUAAAUUAAUUAAUGUUUUCAACUUUUGCUGCGAACAGUGUUUUUAUAUCAAAUAAUUUUUUCUAAGUGUCCGCAGGUCGAUUGCGAAGAAAAUAAUUAUUAUGACAUCGCAUGAUGUACGUAGAGAAUUAAAAACUAUAAUAAAUUCAUGAAGAUGA